AUGGACGCCGUGACACUGUCACUCCCUCCGGUUCCGGUGCGUACAGUGUGUGCAUCUGCGUCAACCUCGUCCUCUGUUCCUAUCACUAACUCCUGGUCGGUCACGGCGAGGCAGAGGCUCUGGUCUCAGAGAACAAGACCCAGAUUCCGGAAUUAUUCCUCUGCGGUUCCUCAACUUACGGUGACGUGCGGUGCGGGUGUGGUGGAGAUUAACGAGACCCAAUUCAAAGAGACGGUGUUGAAGGCGAAUCUUCCUGUUCUGGUUGAGUUCGUGGCCACAUGGUGCGGUCCUUGCCGUCUCAUCUCUCCCGCUAUGGAAGCCCUCGCUAAGGAAUAUGAAGACAGAUUAACUGUUGUAAAGAUUGAUCAUGAUGCCAACCCACGGCUAAUUGAAGAGUAUAAAGUUUAUGGACUACCAACACUACUACUCUUCAAGAAUGGGCAAGAAGUUCCAGAAAGCAGAAGGGAAGGGGCAAUUACAAAAAGUAAACUUAAAGUCUACGUGGAUGAUUUAUUGAAAUCGACAUCAGUUUCAUAG